AUAUAAGUUUAACAGAAAAAUAGAGUGGAAUUGCUGUUUGUUUUGUAUGAAUAGGAUGUUUUACUCUCCAUUCGAAGUGGAAUCUGUGGGUUACGUCGCUCAAUGGAGACUCAGUUUUAAGAGCAUGAAUAUGAUUCCCCACAGCUUUAUCCACACGUCCGAAGCUUUCAAGAUCUCUAAAUGGAAUUGGCACAUAUCAUUCUCGAGGGAUUCCCUUUCUAGUCCGGUUGCUAUCAAAUUAUAUGCAGAAGAGUCCACAAAUAAUCCACCAAUUGCAUCUUUCAAAUUUCGUAUUCUUGACUCUAUCGGAAAAAAUGGAAUAACCUUCGCAGAGACGGAAGAAAAAGACAAGCUUUUCAGUAGCGAAACUGAUGCUUUUAACUGGGAGGUUGAUGUUCAACUACCUGAUGUUACAACAUCCUGUGUUGAAGUUGAAUUCCUAGAUCUCAAGACUUCAAACCCAAAUGAUGGAGAAACUAACUCAACUAGGAAAAGAUCAACAACCCUUGUUCGAAUGUUAAGAGAAAGUAUCCACACUGACGCUACAAUCAAGCUCGGAUCAUCGGAUAAAAUCAUAAGAGUUCAUCGAGCUGUUCUUGCUGCCCGGUCACCUAUUUUUGAAUACAUGUUUGCAGAAGAUUCUAAGGAGAAUAACAUGCUUGUUAUAAAUAUCUCAGAUAUGUCUCCUGAAGUUUGUCAAGCAUUUAUAGAUUAUCUAUAUGACAACAUCGACGAUGAAGAACUUGCGGAUCAUAGUUUCGAGCUAUUGGUUGCUGCUGAGAAAUAUGGCGUUAUUGACUUGAGAGAGGAGUGUGAAAAGAAUCUUCAAGAAGAUAUCAACAGAAAAAAUAUACUUGAGAGGCUCCAUGCAGCAUAUUUCUAUCAAUUGCCCUACUUGAAGAUUAGUUGCGCUCAAUAUUUAGUGGAAUUUGGUAAAAUACAUGAAAUCUGGGAUGAUUUUCUUGCCUUCCUAAAAUUGGCAGAUGACGAUGUAAUUUGCGAAAUUUUUCGUGAAUUUCUUCCUUAGUUAAGUUAGGUUUGAGUACCUUUCAGUUUUGAAAACUUUUGUUUAGAGAUUUCUUCUUGAUUUCAAUGUAGACAACUAAAUAGUUUUCUUGUUUUU